CCCACCCAGGCCAGAGCCAAGCUCCUUCCGGGUCAGCAACCAUCACCGCCACCCCAACCUGUGCGGGGGGUCCCCGCGCUCUCCGCCAGCCCCGGGGCGCGCCGGGCCGGGUGGCUCCAGCCUGCAGGUUGCGGGAGGAGGGGAGGAGGGUGCGGGGGUGGGGGAGGGAGGCAGGGAGGCAGGGAAGGGGAGGGCGAUCGGAGGAGGUGGAGGAGGACGGGAAGAAGCAGGAGGAGGAGGAGGAGGAGGAGGAGGAGGAAACAGUCUCCCAGGGCCGGCGGGGAUAAUGGGAGCGCGAGGCCAGCGGGCGCGGCGGGGAGGCGCGGAGAGGCUCUCCAGGUGGGCGGCCGGCGCCCGCGGCUUUUGAACCCGGGAGGGCGGGCGCGCAGGGCCGCAUGGAGAGGAAGGGCUCCGGGAAGGGCUCCGGGAAGGGCUCGGCGGCCGGCGUCCCGGGCAGCGCGGGUCCCCCCGCGGCCGGCCAGGCGCAGCGCCCGCCGCCUCCGCUGUGCGCCCCGGGCGGAGCGGGAGCCGGAGCCGGAGCCGGAGCCGGUGCGGGCGGAGCGGCCCCCACGCGCGGCCACUCCGGGGCGGCGACCGAGCCCGCCGAGUCCCUCCGGCGCGCGCACGACUUCAAGAGCCAAGGGGCGCAGUGCUACAAGGACAAGAAAUUCCGCGAGGCCAUCGGCAAAUACCACCGGGCGUUGCUGGAGCUCAAGGGGCUGAGCCCCGGGCACGCCGCGGCUCCCGCGGGGGCCCCCAGUCCCGCCCGCCUGUCGGAGGAGCAGAGCCAGACGGUGGAAGCCAUCGAGAUCGACUGCUACAACAGCCUGGCAGCCUGCCUGCUCCAAGCAGAGCUGGUCAACUAUGAACGAGUCAAGGAAUAUUGCCUCAAAGUCCUGAAGAAGGAACGGGAGAACUUCAAGGCCCUCUACAGGUCUGGGGUGGCCUUCUACCACCUUGGAGACUAUGACAAAGCACUCUACUACCUGAAAGAAGCAAGGGCCCGACAGCCAACAGACACCAAUGUGAUUCGCUACAUCCAGCUGACAGAGAUGAAGCUCAGCAGAUGCUCACAGAGAGAGAAGGAAGCCGUACAAUGAGACCGUCACUCCGGCACUGCACCCCCCCACCCCCCACCCCGGUGGAGAAGCCCACUCUUCCUCCCUUCUUCUCCUGUUCCCCUCCCUCCACCCCAACUCUUUGCUCCCAGCGUGAAAAGAUGGAGAGAGGCACAGUGGGUGGGUGGCCCUCACCAAAGAGUCAACCAUCAAGGGGGACUUGAUUUCUGCAGGGUCAGCUGGAAGGAACUCUCACUGGCCUGGAGAGCCAACACAGCUCUGACUGGUCAGGCCUUCAAGCAGAGCAAGUGCCCAGCAACGUGCCACCACUGAGGUGGCCUCAGCCGGGCUCCUCCAGGGCAACUCAAGGCAACUGUGACAAGUCCAGCGACAAGACGAAUACCAGACGGGUUGGUUUAGCGUGAAUUUGCACACUGGAUUCCCUCCAUCCUUCUCUCCUUCCCUCCCUCGUCAUGUUGGCUCACGCUUUCUUCUCUUCUCACCCACGCCCUCCCCACACAGCCCCACACAGGAAUCUGAGUCUCUGCCAGGAUUCACAUGCUAUGGAAGCCCACUCUCAGUGCCCUCUGGGUGACCGCACUCAUAUUCAUUCUUACUCCCACCCGGCAGACAGCUGUGGCAGUAGAAAGGCAGAGGGUGGCCACAUAGACCACGGGGGCAGGGAGGAAGGUUAUGGCGCGUAGGGACCAGAGCGCAGUGUAGGCUGAGGGGUGGGACUGUGGAUUCACUAAGUGUAAAUAAAAACCGACACACAGACAACAUAUCCUAUUGUUGCUGUUGGAAGCAGCCCACGCUCACUGCCCUCACUUUCACUCACUCAGCUACGAACUAGCUGGGAGGAUGGGGCUUCCCCCAAAGGAACGGGCCAUUUGUCCAGUGGUGGACAAUGCUGACUGCGGCCUUUGUGCAUUCAGAGGAAGCUGGGGCUGUGGAGGCUGCCCAGGGACUCAGCUUUGUGGGAAAUGGUAAAGUCUCUUUUUGGAUGAAAUUAUCUGGACUCAAUAUCUAGCACAUAAGAGUGUGUUCAACAGAUACUUGUUGGGUGAAUAAAUUAUGACUGCAGACUGGCUUUCCUGCCUUAACAUAAUUUCAUCCCAGCCUAGCCUCCUGAUAGCUAUGCUCUUUACGCUACGCCGUGUUGCUUAAGUCAACUAAGAAACACUCACUGAGGGCUUAUUGUCCACCUGCCAUUGUGCUAUAUGCUGUGGACGGAGAUAGAGUCUAGGUCUUCAAGAGAUGGAAGAGCUGAGAAAUGCCUAUAGGAGAUUAUCACCAAGGACACCUUUUAUUUAUAAGAUGCUUUACAAUUUUCAAAGCACUUUCAUGUAUGUUUUGUGUGAUUAGUGAGUGAUACUACUGUACAAAUUAAAAUAUAUACCAAUGCAAUAAUGUGAAUAGUUAGCAUUUAUUAAAUGCACUAUCCUCCGA